AUGAGCACACAAAGAUCCUCUCAGGAAAGAUUGCUUCCUGAAAGACAGCCUUCUCGACUCGAUGUCCUUACCAAAGAUAGAAAAUUGGAUGUGAGAGCUCAUCAAAGAACUUAUGAAGGUGCCUAUACCCGAACUGCUCUUGGGUGUCUUUCGUUUGCAAUUCUUGUGAUCAAGCUUUUUUCUACCGAGUUUUUACCGAUUGGUGUUGUUUACACUGCGUACGGAAGCAUUCUUUAUUUUUUGGGCCUCGUCAAGUCGGCUUCUGUUGAUAUUUUCUACAACCCAAAGAAGGACAUGGACGUCUAUAUGUCAGCUGGAAAUUCGGUGCUUCUCUUAACGAGUAUCAGUCUUGCGAGCUAUAUUGCUAUAUUCGUAUUGAUCAUACGUCUCUAA